AUGAAAGUCCUCUUCCUCGGCGCGUCAGGCUCCAUCGGCAGCGAAGCCCUCCGCCAAUGUCUCUCCCAUCCUAAAAUCACAUCCGUAGUCGCAUUCGUGCGUCGCGCCCUCCCAUCAGAUCAUCCGAAACUCCAAACCGUCAUGAUAAAAGACUUUUUGAAAUGGUCUGACGAUAUUCUUCUACCGCAUGUUGAUGCUGCUGCUAUGAUUUGUGCCAUGGGGUCGUAUAGAGGAAAUGUGAAUGUCGAUAUGGAAUACCCCCUCGCUUUCCAAACUGCCUUUGCGACUCUUCUCGAGAAACAACCUAAAAGACAACCAUUUCGGUUCAUUCAUCUCAGUGGGAAGUGGGUUGUUCAGGAACAAGAUGCAAAGUUAUGGGUGAAUGAAUACCCUCGCAAACUCAAAGGCUUGUAUGAGAUUCGCUCACUAGACGUUGCGAAAGAGCAUGCAGAUGUUUGGAAGGCUUGGAUGUUAAGGCCUGGAGGCGUGAUUACCCAGAGGAUGAGAGUCCCUGGAUAUUUGGCCCAGGUGUUGCUAGGUGAUGAUUAUGUUAUCAAGAAUGAAGAGUUGGCUAUGGGGAGCUGCAACAUUCUUACAUGGCUUGAUAACAUCCCAUUUCAUCGCCCUAGCACUAGCGAGCCUAAAGCCAAGCGACUUAAGACAAGCCACGAACCCUCGCGUGGGCGGCUGCCAACGCCGCCUCACGAUACGAUGUCAUCGCCUAACAAACGGCCACGGUCUGUGUCGGACGACGGCAGCGAUGGCCUUUCCCAAUCCUUCGUCGAAGAUGAUGUGACGCCCAAGGCCCCUAAGAGGCGCGGUAGGCUCUAUCACGACAUAAGCUCUGCCUCGGAUGUUUCGUCAAGAUCAGGGCGCUCCUCAACCUCCAAAGCCUCCUCGCCUUCGAAGCAACAACGUGACGCGGCUGGGGAAGACACGGGUUAUCGGGUAGUUAGCAUCGAGCGCUAUGAGGAUUGGCAACCUGAGUCUCUCAAGGAAGUGCGUAAGGUCCUUGAGGACAUCGACCGCGGCAAUAGGAUUGUUCCUGCUAGCCGUAAGGAUGAGUUUCAAAGAACGAGAUUUCCAGAAAUGUCUUUCUUCGAUGCGGCAUCCGAGAGCAACCUCCCAUCUGGUGUAGACUGGCGAUGGCCGGGCAUGUCAUGGGUUGAUAGGAUUUUUGAUCGCGCUGCGGAUUACUUGGAAGAGAAUGAAGCAGAAGCGGGCUGGAACGCUGAUAUCCAUGCUCCAAUUCUAUCUUGGGUCUUCCGUAACGAGGAACUUGAACCUCAAUUCCUAGAUUACAUGUACUGCACCUCGACGCAAAUCUCAAGCAUGUAUAAGCCCAACAAAUCCAAAUCUAAACUAGUCGACUACUGUAUCUACAUGCAGCCCGGACGAGAGUCAGCUGAGCAGGCAGCUAUCGACAAGAUACGAUAUCGCGAUCGGCCCUCAAAAAGCAUCAACCACGUCGAUUCCGGUUUGUUGAAUAAGCAUCCGAUCGCAAUGUCAGUGGAGACAAAGAGGGAGGGCGAGGACUACACGAGCGCCAUCAAUCAGAUGGCGACAUGGCACUCUGCACAGCUGCGUAGCCUAUGCUACACGCCCCAAGGCCCAACGCGAGAGUUGUCGCACAUCGAGUUCCUACCUGGUAUUAUAGUGCAAGGCCAUGAUUGGAAUUUCGUCGCUACGAUACAGCGCGAUGGUAAGGCUGUCACGUUUCACAGGCUUCCUAUCGGGACUACGCGCACUCGCCAGGGAAUCUUUAAAAUUCUUCUUGCGUUGCAGUAUUUAGAGUAUUGGAUACGAACUAGAUAUUGGUUGGCGUUUAGAGCGGAUAUUCUUGGAAUGGGUGCUACAGCGGUUUCUUGA